UACAGGUCUGUAAAAGAUUGAUAAUGUCUUCUUUGGAGGAUAAAUCUAUUUGGGAUGACGGCGAGGAAUCAGUUGGAGAAGAAGUUCUUCGCAUGCAAACAGAUGAAAUAGUUGGAAGAACUCGUUUACUUGAUAAUGAGAUAAAGAUAAUGAGAUCAGAAAUUAUGCGUAUUCAACAUGAGCUGCAGGCACAAAAAGAAAAAAUUAAAGAAAACACAGAGAAAAUUAAAGUUAACAAGACUUUGCCAUAUUUAGUUUCCAAUGUCAUUGAGUUAUUAGAUGUAGAUCCACAAGAUCAAGGUGAAGAAGAUGGAGCAAAUAUUGAUCUUGAUUCUCAGAGGAAAGGAAAGUGUGCUGUUAUUAAAACAUCAACCCGACAGACAUAUUUCCUGCCAGUAAUAGGACUAGUAGAUGCUGAAAAACUCAAACCAGGUGAUCUUGUGGGUGUGAACAAAGACUCUUAUCUCAUUUUAGAAACCCUACCUGCUGAGUAUGAUUCACGUGUGAAAGCUAUGGAAGUGGACGAGAGGCCAACAGAACAGUAUGCUGACAUUGGAGGUCUUGAUAAACAAAUUCAAGAGCUAAUUGAAGCUGUAGUUUUGCCUAUGACACAUAAAGAAAGAUUUGAGGCACUUGGUAUUCAGCCUCCAAAAGGUGUACUUUUAUAUGGUGCACCCGGGACAGGAAAGACCCUUUUAGCUCGAGCUUGUGCUGCUCAGACCAAGUCAACAUUUUUGAAAUUAGCAGGGCCACAGCUGGUACAGAUGUUUAUUGGGGAUGGUGCUAAGCUUGUCAGGGAUGCUUUUGCCUUAGCUAAAGAAAAACAACCAGCCAUCAUUUUUAUUGAUGAACUUGAUGCAAUAGGCACAAAGAGAUUUGACAGUGAAAAAGCAGGUGAUCGUGAAGUUCAGCGUACUAUGUUAGAGCUUCUUAAUCAAAUGGAUGGGUUUCAGCCCAACUCAAUGAUCAAGGUUAUUGCAGCUACUAAUAGAGUGGAUAUUUUAGAUCCUGCCCUUCUCAGAUCUGGUCGUCUUGACAGGAAAAUUGAGUUUCCCCAACCAAAUGAAGAAGCUAGAGCCCGUAUUUUACAGAUUCAUUCCAGAAAAAUGAAUGUGAAUAAAGACGUUAACUAUGAAGAAUUAGCCAGAUGUACAGAUGAUUUCAAUGGAGCUCAGUUAAAAGCAGUUUGUGUUGAAGCUGGUAUGAUAGCCAUGAGAAGAGAAGCAGUUGAACUUACUCAUGAAGAUUACAUGGAUGCUAUAAUUGAAGUUCAGGCUAAGAAGAAAGCAAAUCUUCAAUAUUAUGCUUAGUAUUGUUUUUUUUAUAUUUUUUAAACAAAAAUUACAUUUUGUUAUUUAUGUUCAUUUUGUACACCAGUCUAUGAUGUAAUCAUAUGCAUUUUAAAAAUUGUAGUUAUUUUGUUCAGCAAAACAUCUCGUAAGCAUAUUACUGUUUGACUAAAAUGCAUUAAUUUAGACUGAGACUGUCAUGAUGUUUGAUUAAAUUAUUUCAACACCAAAAUAUGAAAGGACACACAAAAAACCUGGCAUUUGACUGCCCUAAUUUUAUAACACUAAAGCAAGCAUAACAAAUGUAUAAUUAGUAUGUUUCAAUAAGAGUGAUCCUAGAUGGAACUUUUACUCUGCUGUUAACAAUAAAUAAUAAGAUUUA